AUGAUCGAGAAAAGAAAGUCAAAAUUAUCUAUUAUAAACAACAUAAUGAAACCAAUAUCUCCUCCUCGGAGAAGGAGCAGCAAUGAAACAAUAGGGGAUCCUAAGAAGUUAUCCCGAGAUACUGCAAUUCUACCGCCACUUACAUUUCCAAAGAUUCCUCAGCUUGAUGGGUAUAUCAGGAGCGAUUAUGCGAACAGAGAAAGAAAAAAUAGCUUCAGCAACGGCAGAUGUGCCUUUUGUGAAGAGUUGCUAUCGGUGAAACUUGCAGGAGAAUUAGAAUUGCAGUUAACCUGUUCUCAUGCUUGUCACAAGUAUUGCUAUCUCGAAAUGAUGGAUAAAAACAAUUUGGAGUCACUACCUUUUUGCACCCAAUGCGAGAAAAAAACCCAGUGUGUUGAUGCAUCCAUUCAGGCUGGACUCAAGCACCAAAAGCUAGCUGAGUCUCUGUUACCAAACUAUUUCGAUAAGGGAUAUAGCCCAUUUGGUAUGGUGUUACACUCGAAGGAUUACGACUCGUUAGUUAAGUCUUCGGUAAGUGCGAAUGAAUCACAAUUAUUAUCACCAAUAUCAACACCCACAGGGAAUUGCUAUAAUGAAAAAUUGUACAAAGAAAUUCUCAAACCUAGAGUAACAGUUACCUCGGACGCUGCAAAUCGUGUUAGUAAUGGGACAUAUGAUUUGGAUUGUUUAAUAAGUGUGAAACCGCCGCAAAUUUCGGAUUGUUGCUGCGAUUCAUCUGAGGAUAAGGCCAUUAAAUCCAGGAUCAUUCAAGAUAUAAAAACUAAACUAGCGUUGAAAGUCAGCAAUUGGAACGAUUCAUUGCUACCACUUGGUGAAUUAGGGGAUUUAUGGAUGUUUGAUUUCUUAGACAUAAGUUGUAAUGGAAUUGACUGGGACAAUAUAUCAGUUUAUUUCUUUAGUCACGCAAUCAUUUUGGUCGAUAAUAAUGGUACCCGUCUAAUGGGAGAAGUUUUAAUUAACCAAGACAUAAGCAGCAUAAAUCGGAUUGAAAAUGGGCUCAUUCUAAAUUUGAGUAAUGAGGCUCUUCCUGAGCUAUAUAUGAGACAUACUUGCUCAUUGAUUAUAUCCAAAUGGGAGUAUUAUUUAAUUCAAGCAGUGAAAAACAUUAAGACCGGGCAGAUACCUCUACUACAUACGACUACAAAUGCAUGGGAAUUGUUAGAGGAGUCUAAUAGAUCAAUUGAUGGUCUCAAAUUUUGCAACCUAUGGGAGAAAAAUUUAGAUGUAUCCGCAUCGUUGCUAACGAGAAUUAUGCCACCGGCAGAAAACAUCCCAUUGAAUAUUAAUGUAUCUAUAUCGUUGAUCAAUUGCACGGGCCUUAGCAAUCAUGAAUACAAAAUGAAUAUUAGUUCACUUCUACACAAGCUCAAGUCAAAUUUGAGACCAAUUGAUAAGUUUGGCUUAAUUUUCGUUGGUGUUGAUGGUUGCGGUAAACCGUCUAAUAGCGGGACGUUUAUAGGAUGCGUUAGUCCAUCCUGGGAUGGAUGGGACAAUAUUAUAAAUGAUAUUAGGGUUUUUGCCAAUGAAGACGAUAGGAAAUUCCCGAUAUUCGAUAAUGGGUUUGAAGAAAUGCUAAUUAGCUUUGAAAAAUACAAGAAAUUAUUGCCAUAUAUCCCAUCAGGACAUAAAAACAAUAAUAGGUUAAUAAUAUUGAACGUGAAUAAUUAUGACCUAUCAGAGCCUCAAAACUUUCUUGCAUCCAAAGUUAAGGAUAAAAUAAAUUAUUUGCAAGACAAGGAAAAUUUAACCAUAGACAUAAUCAGAAUUGGUAACUCCUACUCAAUAGAGGCUCAAGAGGUAUACAACUUGAUUUCAAUGCCAGCACAAAGUAAAGACACAUUAACUAUUGUAUUAGGAUCAAAAUUACUAAGGUUUAACACAUUUUCAGAAUUUGCUGAUUCGUUUGAUUUCAUAAUGGAGCAUAAACUUCAAUCAGGAUAUAUACCAUAUGUGACAAUCGACUUCGAGAAAAUUAGCGAUAUAGAAGGCUUAGUUUCGUUUUCAGAAUUGGAAAUAAAUGGGGAAAUGGUAUUUAUCCAGAGUAGCUUAAAAAAGUUGAAAGUUAUUAUUAAGAAUGUUUUCCCUCUGACGGAGCGUAAUAUAGUGAUGAAGUUAAAAUUGAACUUUUCGGAUGUGACCAAUUUAGAAAAGAUUAUGGAUUAUAAUAUUAUAAAUUAUCAAGCUCUGUGGAUGGAAGAAGUUAAUAGUUCCAAGUGUUUGAAGACUAAAGUUAGUGGGACAGGCAGCCCUCAUAUUCUUUUUUCUCAUGAAUCUGACGUCUCUUGUUCCCCAUUAGAUCAGAUAGAUAGCGAUACGUAUUUCGUGGAUAUUCCUUUGCUACCACCCUUAUCUUCUUCUAAAGAUCAAAGCUUUGCUAGAAGGAAAACGGAACUUGCAAUUAUCAGAUCUUUAAGGAUAGUAGAAUCGGCAUCUGUUGAUGAAGCAGAGAUUAUCAUAAGCCAUUUGAUAUCAUUAGUCUUUGGAAUUAUCAGAGGAUUCGAAAUCGAACCAGGAGAAUCGUACAAUAUAUUAGAACUGAAAUGCUAUUCAGAAAGACGUAAAUCUUUUAUGCUUCAUUUCGAAAAUUUUAAUAAUAAUAAGAGAUAUAUUCAGUGUUUGGUAGAAGAGCUCGAAUCUAUUAAUACCUUGUUUAAGCAAGAUCCAUACUCUGCUUCGGUCAGAUGUCAAGAUUUUGCUAAUUGGAUUACAUGA